AUGCAUAUCACACACAAGCUGGACGCUGCCCACCGGAAGGGUCAGCCGACCUUCUCAUUCGAAUACUUCCCUCCAAAGACCGCUCAAGGUGUACAGAACUUGUACGAUCGUAUGGACAUGAUGCACAGUCUUGGCCCUGCCUUCAUUGAUGUCACCUGGGGGGCUGGAGGACGUCACUCAAAUCUGACCGUCGACAUGGUCAAGACGGCACAAGCUGCGUACGGUCUCGAGACAUGCAUGCACUUGACGUGUACCGACAUGGAGCUCACCAAGGUCGACGGUGCCCUGAAAGAUGCAUACGAUGCUGGUUGCACAAAUAUUCUUGCCCUACGAGGCGACCCUCCACGAGAGCAAGAGAAGUGGGUGGAAACGCAAGGAGGAUUCAGAUAUGCCCGAGAUCUGAUCAAAUAUAUCAAAAAGACGUAUGGUGACCACUUCGAUAUCGGCAUUGCAGGCUACCCAGAAGGCCCAGACCCGGAGACAAGUGCAGAUGAGCACAUCAAGUACUUGAAGGAAAAGGUCGAUGCUGGAGGCACAUUCAUUGUAGCGCAGAUGUGCUACGAUGCAGAUAUUUUCAUCGAAUGGGUGAAGAAGUGCCGUGCCGCUGGUAUUCCAGAGUCGGUAAAGAUCAUUCCAGGAAUCAUGCCAAUCUCAACACACGCAGCAUUCAUCAGACGAGCAAACUGGACACAAUGUCGAAUCCCACCUCACUGGCACGAGGCCCUCGAACCAAUCAAGAAUGACGAUGGCGCGGUCAGGGAGGUUGGCUGUGACCUGAUCGUGGAGUUCUGCCAAAAGCUGAUGGACUCCGGUAUCAUGCACCUGCACUUCUACACCAUGAACCUGUCACGAGCCGUAGAAAUGGUCCUUGAGAAGUUGGAUCUCCUGCCAGCUGCUACAAGUGCGAACCCAGACCUCAAGCCGCUUCCAUGGCGACAAUCGCUUGGCAAGAACAGAAGAGACGAGAACGUGCGGCCAAUAUUCUGGCGGAACCGCAACCGAGCAUACGUCGCACGUACGCAAGACUGGGAUGAAUUUCCCAACGGACGCUGGGGUGACAGUCGAUCUCCUGCCUUCGGUAGCCUUGACGAGUAUGGUGUUGGUCUGAAGGGAACCAACGAGCACAACCGUAAACUGUGGGGCGAGCCGAAGACAUUGAAGGAGAUCUCAGACUUGUUCGUCGGCUACGUGCGUGGCAAAGUUGAGACUUUGCCCUGGUCGGAGUCUCCCAUCAAUGAAGAGGCAAACACGCUUGUCGACGAUCUCGUCGACCUCAACAGCCGCGGUAUCUUCACCAUCAACUCUCAGCCUGCAGUCGAUGGUGCCAAGUCGAACCAUCCAAUAUACGGUUGGGGCCCACAAAACGGAUAUGUCUAUCAAAAGCAGUACCUCGAAGUCCUGGUGGCCCCAGAGCUGAUCGACGAAGUCGUCGAGCGCAUGAACCGCGACCCAGAUGUGACAUAUUACGCGGUCAACUGCUCUGGUGAGCUCAAGACGAACGCACCCACCGACGGCGGCCCGAACGCUGUGACCUGGGGUGUGUUCCCUGGCAAGGAGAUUGUCCAGCCUACCAUCGUUGAGACCGUCUCUUUCUUGGCCUGGAGAGACGAAUUCUACCACCUCGGUUUGGAGUGGAGCAAGUGCUACGAUGAUGGCAGCGUCAGCCGAAGCUUGGUCCAGGACAUCACCCAGAACUGGUACUUGGUCAACAUCGUGCACAACGAUUUCCGCCAGAACAAUGGCAUCUUCAACCUGUUCAAGGGCCUCACAGUGCCUGGCUUCGAUACCGCCACCAGAAACGCUGUAACUAACGGGGCCACGAACGGGGUCACGAACGGGGCCACGAACGGGGUCACGAACGGGGUCAACGGGCAUCACGACGAGCCCAAAACAAAUGGCGCCCUACCAGAAUCUAACGGGGUCCCAGACGGUAACAACGCCGUCAAUGGUGCGGACAAAGCGGCCUCCAACAGCCCGCUGAAGAACUAG